AGUGUUCCAGACUGGGACCGCGAGCACAGGCCGCUCUGCGGGCUCCUCGGAACCCCGCGGGACCCCCGCCCAGCCCGCCGCCUGCCGGGUCCGGUCGCCAGCGCUCCUGGUCGUCAGUCGGCGACCCUCCACCUGUGCAUCUCUCCCAGCAAGCCCAGUGGGCAGCGCACGGACGCCAUGUUCAGCUGGCUGAAACGGGGUGGGGCACGGGGCCAGCAGCCCGAGGCCAUCCGCACGGUGACCUCGGCCCUCAAGGAGCUGUACCGCACGAAGCUGCUGCCCCUCGAGGAGCACUACCGCUUCGGGGCCUUCCACUCGCCAGCCCUGGAGGAUGCUGACUUCGACGGCAAGCCCAUGGUGCUGGUGGCCGGACAGUACAGCACGGGCAAGACCAGCUUCAUCCAGUACCUGCUGGAGCAGGAGGUGCCAGGCUCCCGUGUGGGGCCGGAGCCCACCACCGACUGCUUCGUGGCAGUCAUGCACGGCGACACUGAGGGCACUGUGCCUGGCAACGCGCUUGUGGUUGAUCCAGACAAGCCCUUCCGCAAACUCAACCCCUUCGGGAACACCUUCCUCAACAGGUUCAUGUGCGCCCAGCUCCCCAAUCAGGUCCUGGAGAGUAUUAGUAUCAUCGACACCCCCGGCAUCCUGUCGGGUGCCAAACAGAGAGUGAGCCGUGGCUACGACUUCCCGGCCGUGCUGCGCUGGUUCGCAGAGCGCGUGGACCUCAUCAUCCUGCUCUUCGACGCGCACAAGCUGGAGAUCUCCGACGAGUUCUCGGAGGCCAUCGGCGCGCUGCGGGGCCACGAGGACAAGAUCCGCGUGGUGCUCAACAAGGCCGACAUGGUGGAGACGCAGCAGCUGAUGCGCGUCUACGGGGCGCUCAUGUGGGCGCUGGGCAAGGUGGUGGGCACGCCCGAGGUCCUGCGCGUCUACAUCGGCUCCUUCUGGUCCCAUCCUCUCCUCGUGCCCGACAACCGGCGCCUCUUCGAGCUGGAGGAGCAGGACCUCUUCCGCGACAUCCAGGGCCUGCCGCGCCACGCCGCCCUGCGCAAGCUCAACGACCUGGUGAAGAGGGCGCGGCUGGUGCGGGUGCACGCCUACAUCAUCAGCUACCUGAAGAAGGAGAUGCCGUCCGUGUUUGGGAAGGAGAAUAAGAAGAAGCAGCUGAUCCUUAAACUGCCCGUCAUCUUCGCCAAGAUCCAGCUGGAGCACCACAUCUCCCCCGGGGACUUCCCCGACUGCCAGAAGAUGCAGGAGCUGCUGAUGGCCCACGACUUCACCAAGUUCCACUCGCUGAAGCCCAAGCUGCUGGAGGCGCUGGACGAGAUGCUGACACACGACAUCGCCAAGCUCAUGCCACUGCUGCGCCAGGAGGAGCUGGAGAGCACCGAGGCCGGCGUGCAGGGCGGCGCGUUCGAGGGCACCCACAUGGGCCCGUUCGUGGAGCGGGGCCCCGACGAGGCCCUGGAGGACGGCGAGGAGGGCUCGGAUGACGAGGCCGAGUGGGUGGUGACUAAGGACAAGUCCAAAUACGAUGAAAUCUUCUACAACCUGGCGCCUGCCGACGGCAAGCUCAGUGGUUCCAAGGCCAAGACCUGGAUGGUGGGGACCAAGCUCCCCAACUCCGUGCUGGGGCGCAUCUGGAAGCUGAGUGACGUCGACCGCGACGGCAUGCUUGACGACGAGGAGUUCGCCUUGGCCAGCCACCUCAUUGAGGCCAAGCUCGAGGGCCAUGGGCUGCCCACCAACUUGCCCCGUCGCCUCGUGCCACCCUCCAAGCGGCGCCACAAGGGCUCUGCGGAGUGAGCCCGUCAGCGCUCGCGGGGCCUCCCCUGCUUGUCCUGCUGUGGCUCCCCAGCUCCAUCGGCUGCACUCACAUCCCUGCUAGGGCCACGUGUUCCCUGCCCGGCCACCCUGCCCUGCUGUAAGGACUGGGGGGGCAUCUCCCUCUCCCCCCUAGACACCCCGAUGGAAGCAUUUAGUGGGGUCCACCAGAGGGCCAAGCUUCUCCGACCACCCUCCGCACUCCCGCGCUUGCACACUUAGGCACAGCACACCGACACUAACGCAUAAGGCAUCCGUCCAUCCAGCCGUCGGCAGUAUUUAUUGAGCACCUACUAGGUGCCCAGCCCUGUUCUAGGCGCUGCGGAUUACAGCAGAGAACACAAGACAAACAUGCCCGCCCUCCAGAGCCACCUUCAGGAGAGGGCUCCUGCGUCAUUACGCAAACGCACACAGAUGCUGGGCGGGGCCCCUCGCCCCUCCCACGAAUCAGCGCCUCCUGGUCGAAAUGACUAACAGAAGCCCCCUAUGCCCAGCCAGGCGACAAUCCCCUACUCCAUCAUAUCCUCAGGUCUUGGGACCACUGGAGGCUCAGAGGGGGAGACCAACCUCCGACUUCCUUAUGUAUCCCCCUCUUCAGCCCUCCUCCCAUUGGGGGAAUUCUCUGCCUCCUGGCCACGCCCAUUUCUAUAAUACGGAUCCCUCCUCCGGCAGAAGAGCGCCCUCCUUCCAACUCGCUCCUCCCACACCGUGCGGUUUGGAGGUAUUUCUGUCCCCCGACCAACCAGCCCAGCCCCGCACUCCCGCAGCUGGUGGGUGAAUCCUAGAACUGCCAGCCUCUCCCUGCACAUCGGUCCAUAUUUAAGGAGAUACGAAGUCCCCAUGGCUGUAGUUUAAACCCUGUUUACAGGGAUGUGGUGGUGGUGGGGAGUAUUUCUUGGUGCUAUAGCCCUCCCCCUCCCUAAAGGUGGGGUCCCACCUUUUCCAGCCUCCACUGCACAUUAAGAGCUUGACCCCGAUGGGAGACGCCACGGAACAGAUGGGGAGAGCUGAAGGGUGGAGGAGGUGCCCCCGGGUUGUUCGCCAGGAUUCCCACGCCCACCUCUGCCUCCCACCCCAGGCCUGGGAGGGGCCGUGAACGGAAUGGUGUCCCCACAGAGCGAAUAAAGCCAAGGCUGCUUCCCA